CAAAGAAAGGAACAGCAACCACAAAGGCUCAAAGAGGAUAAAGAACAUAGUAGACUGUUCAGGUUCUCCAUCUGUUUUAUUAUGGAAGUGUUGAUUUUAAGAAAUAGUGCCAGACUAUUUGCGUUUUCUGAAUAUUGUUAUUUUGACCUAUCAUGUCUUAGUUUUUAUUUUGUUACUGUUUUACGCAGGGACUUGCCCUAUAUCAUAAACUGACCUCCUCCUCCUCCUUUUUUUCUUUUGGUUUUUGUCUUUUGGGGAGAUGUUUUUGUUUUGAGACAGGGUCUCACUAAGUAGUUCAGCUGGCCUUGAACUUGUAGCAAUCCUCCUGCCUCCCAGUGCUGGGAUUAUAGGUUUGUGCCACCUCAUGGGCUGGUUUUGGGUUGUUCUGAGACAUAGUUUCAUUAUGCAUUUCAGGCUGGCCUUGGACUGGCUAUGUAGCCCAGGCUGGCCUCGAACUUCCAGCCAUCCUCCUACUUCAGCCUCUCACGUGAUGGGAUUAUAGGCAUGUGCCACUGUGCCUGGCUGUUUGAGGGAAGAGGAGAAAGGAAGGUAAAGAAUUAAGAUGUGUUAGGUACAUGAACCAACUCCCCAUGAUGCAUGUAAUCAUUUUUGACUGCAAACAUGUACCAAUACAAAAUUUAAAAAUAAAAAAAAUAUUGAGUAAGUUUCUUAAGAGGACAUACAGUGCAGGGAAAAGCAAUCCAGCAGACGGAAUCAUUGAAGAAGCAAAAGUAUGAGAAGACAAAGCCAUCAGAGGCCCAACAUCUUCCUUUUUCUCCAGCCCAGAGCAGACCCCAAGACCCUGGAGUGUUCCCUUCAUCUUUGGAAUAUGCUAGGAAUUCAUUGAUAACAAGAAACUGUGAAGGACCCUGUGAAUAGCCAGGUCAGCUCCUUCCUUUUCUGAAGAAUGCCCAUUCUGGAACUGGAUCUGCCUGAACUGGAAGGCCUAGAUCUGUCUAGUACACCCACCUACAGGACCAAGGACAGUAGCACUGGCAGAAAGACGAGUCAGGAAACUAGAGCAGAGCAGGAGAAAAACCCUGAAGGUAACAUCCUUAAGUACAGUACCUUCAACUUCUGGAGCACUCCAUUGCCGGCAUCCACUCAUUUAAACUGAACUUACUCUAAGGCCAAGACUUCUCUUUCUCACCACUUUGCCCUCAUUAUCUUUCUGUCCCUUACCAUUUUAAUCUUAUUAUCUUCCCACUGUUGUGGUGGUGGUGCUGAUGAGUCUGCCCGCUGUUUUAUUUAUUUGUGUAUGUAUUCUCUUUAUAGACUCCAUUCCUCUCAGAAGCCCUCAAACCAUUAAGUAGGGGCUCAAGCAAAGGAAUCACGGGAGCUCCAUCACACUCCCACCCUGCGAUUAUCAACUUCAGAAAGUAGUGCUCAUAGCCAGUCGUGAUGGCUCACCCCUGUAAUCCCAGCACUCGGGAGGCUGAGGCAGGAGGAUUGUUGUGAGUUCUGAGACCAGUCUGGGCUGCAAAGUGAGCUCAAGGCCAGCCUGAACACAUAAAGAGACCCUGUCUCAAAAAGACAAGAAAAAAAGAAAGAAAGAAAGUAGUCCUUAUGAGGGCACUAAGGAGUAGUAAAUAGUGCAAAAUGGAAGGCUGGUUUUUUUUAUUCCAUUUUAAUCGGCUUCAAAGACUGCCCAAACCUUCCAAAUUUUUCUAGUAAAUAUAAGU